ACAAACUAAAUCAAAAACUUGAAAACAUAAACAAAACAAAAAUGGGUAGGAGAAAGAUUAAGAUGGAGAAAGUGCAAGACACAAACACAAAGCAAGUCACGUUUUCGAAACGUAGACUUGGUUUGUUCAAGAAAGCUGGUGAGCUCGCGACUCUGUGCAACGCUGAGGUAGGUAUCAUGGUCUUCUCUCCUGGAAACAAACCUUACCCGUACGGGAGUCCGAGUUUUGAGUUGGUUGCAGAACGUUACAACAACGAAUCAGAAGACCCAGACAGCGGAGACUCAGACAGCGGUGAAACAUCAGGCGAUGGUAGAGCUACCAGAGAAAGACAAGGUAAGAGGAUAUGCAAUCGUCUCAACUCGAUCAUGGGACAAGUUGAAGCUGAGAAGAAACGAGGCGAAGAUCUUGUGUAUCAGCUUGAAACUGCUGGAGAAGAGAAGUUUGACAAGCCCAUUGAAGAGCUUUCUCUUGAGGAGCUCAAGGAAUAUGAAGCUAAGAUGAUGGACAUGCAUGAUCAGAUUGAAAGUAACAUUGCUCGUAUGGAGACUUCGUCUACCCUCGUGAUUAUGUCCAAGAAUGCUCUACAUUCACUAGAAUGAUAUCGUUGUGUUGCUGAUCUUUCAAGUCUUUGUUUCGUUUCGUUUAUGUUAAGAUACAUGUAAUGGUUAUGAUCUAUUGGUUGUAACUUUUGGUUUGUUUAAUACAAUCUUAUUAUUAUUAUAUGAAGACUAUUGAUUCUAAAACAAAAACCAGACCAUGGACUUAAACAAAGAUUCUAUUUCCUCAAGAAGAUCAAAUAAAAUUACAAAACAAAAGGAAAUAAUCAGUUUUAAAAAAA